GAAAAUCGUGGCUGAGUAUGAGAAGACCAUUGCCCAGAUGAUAGAGGAUGAGCAGAGGACAAACAUGACGUCUCAGAAGAACCUGCAGCAGCUCACCAUGGAAAAGGACCAGGCUCUGGCAGACCUAAACUCGGUGGAGAGGUCCCUGUCAGAUCUCUUCAGGAGAUAUGAAAACCUCAAGGGUGUCCUGGAAGGCUUUAAGAAGAAUGAAGAAGCUCUGAAGAAGUGUGCUCAAGAUUAUUUAACCCGGGUCAAGCAAGAAGAACAGCGGUAUCAGGCCCUGAAAGUCCACGCAGAAGAAAAGUUAGACAAAGCCAACGAGGAGAUCGCCCAGGUGCGUGCCAAGGCCAAGGCGGAGAGCGCGGCGCUGCACGCGGGGCUGCGCAAGGAGCAGAUGAAGGUGGAGUCCCUGGAGAGAGCCCUGCAGCAGAAGAACCAGGAGAUUGAGGAGCUGACCAAGAUCUGCGACGAGCUGAUAGCGAAGCUGGGGAAGUCAGACUGA